AUGGUAUCCUUUUCGUGCGAGGAGUGCGGCGACAUUUUCACCAAGAAGAAGCUCGACCCUCAUCGCAACCGCUGCCACGGCGCUACCUUCACAUGUAUUGAUUGCAUGGUCCACUUCCCUGGCGUCCAGUAUCGCUCCCAUACUUCUUGCAUGACCGAAGACCAAAAGUACCAGGGUGCUCUAUACAAAGACAAGUCGAAGAAGAACAAUAACAACAACCAAUCCCAACCCCAAGCGUCCGCCUCCAAGCACGACAGCAACCCGCAACCUGCCAAAAAGUCCAAGAUGAUGGCCCAUCAAUCAUACGUCCAGGACGUCCCCGACGAAUCCCACUUCGCCACUUGGGCCGACUACGAGGGCCAGACCGAAGACGAACGUUCUCCCGUCGAGCAUCUCCCCGAGGCACCCACUCCUCCUCCUGCCGUUCAAGACCAGCGCUUCAGCGUCUUCGAUUUCCUCGUCGGUAGCGGCCACACCCCCAAUGCCUCCCACGUCGACCUUGCCAGGGACAUGCCGGCCGAAGGCGACAGCACUACCCUCGUCCGAUACGAACAUGAUUCUGACAAGCACCUCGCCGAUACCGAGCCCCUCAUCGCAUACGGCAGCGGACCCGUCCCUACCGAUGCGUACGUCACACCUGGGCCCAAGACGGAGCGUCGUCGUAGCAAAGACGGCGAAAAGAAGGAUAAGAAACGCAAGCGACUGCACAUUGAGGUUGCAGGCGACGAGGAGAUGACCGAUGCCCCUCCUGUACUUCACUCUGGACUCACCGGCAACCUCAAGAGCUUGAUGCGCUUCCCUCCGUCUCCUGAUUACUCGGGUGAUGCUGCCGAAGCUACUCCUGCCAGUCCCUUGAAGAAGUCGAAGCACGCCAAGCACGGAAAGAGCAUCUUGGACAUGAUCAAGGGCGGUGCCAAAAAGUCUAAAAAGUCGUCCAAGGACAAGGACAAGAAGCGCCACCGUCGCUCCAAGAGCCCCAAGAGCCCCAAGAAGCUCGAGUUCAACAAGGACGCUGCCAAGGCUGGGAGCGAGGGGCAGAUGAUUCUCUUCAAGCCCCGCGCUGAUGUGUUUCUUGGCUUUGUCAACAAGGGCCCCGAGAGUGACCGCGGCUGCAGCAUGAACAAGGCUCUCAAGCGAUAUCACCGCGAGCGCAAGGAGUCGGGUGCCAACGUCUCCAAAGUUAAGGACGAAAAGGAGCUCUGGCGAUCCCUCCGUCUGCGCAAGAACGAACGCGGUGAGAUUGUCGUCUUUGCCCUCGACGAUGAAGAGUAA